AACAUAGUUAGUACUAGUGUUUGACUGUUUGUUAGUUGGGUUUUCAAUUUUAAGCACUUAGCAAGUUACCCAAGUCAGUAGUGGUACUCAAUUUCAUUCGAUCACCAUUCACCAACAAACUUGUUCAUGUCUUUUUCUUCUCCCUUUUAACAAAUAACAAAUAACAACAAACACCCAUAUAUCUCAAAGAUCUUGUACUUACUACACCAUUAAAGAAGAAGAAGAAGAAGAAGAAGAAGAAGAUUGAUGAGAAAUUAUUGCUAAUUAUUUUGAUUAAGAAUGGGUAACUGCUAUUGUAGAAGGGGCCAUGAUUCUAUCUACACCGUUUCCUCAGAUCCUAAAACAGAAUCCGUAGAGCAGAAGGACACCACGAAAGAAGUGAGUAAGUUGCCUUCUAACGCUAAGGAAGUGGAGGAUCUACGCGGACGCGAUUCAGUAACGAAUCCACUCCUUGUUUUAACUUUCCAAGAACUCAAAGUUGUAACUGAGAAUUUUAGGGCAGAUCAUUUGUUAGGCGGAGGAGGUUUUGGAAGUGUUUUUAAAGGUUUCAUUUCUGAAGAUUUAAGAAAAGGUAUUCAACCACUUCAAGUGGCUGUUAAGGUUCAUGAUGGGGACAAUAGUUAUCAAGGUCACAGAGAAUGGCUGGCCGAGGUUAUCUUCCUAGGGCAGCUUUCGCAUCCUAACUUAGUGAAGUUAGUCGGAUAUUGCUGUGAAGAUGAUCACCGGGUGCUGAUAUACGAGUAUAUGGCUCGAGGCAGUGUGGAGAACAAUUUGUUUUCAAGAGUAUUGCUUCCCCUAUCUUGGGCUAUCAGAAUGAAGAUUGCUUAUGGUGCUGCGAAAGGACUCGCUUACUUACACGAAGCCGAGAAGCCCAUAAUAUACCGAGACUUUAAGACAUCUAACAUCUUGUUAGACAUGGAUUACAAUGCAAAACUGUCUGAUUUCGGCCUGGCUAAAGACGGGCCUGUGGGCGAUAAGUCUCAUGUUUCCACUCGUAUAAUGGGUACAUAUGGUUAUGCAGCUCCGGAAUAUAUCAUGACAGGUCAUUUAACUCCAAGAAGCGACGUUUACAGCUUCGGCGUAGUCUUACUCGAACUUCUAACGGGACGAAAAUCAUUAGACAAGUCGCGACCAGCAAGAGAACAAAACCUAACUGAAUGGGCUAUUCCAUUGCUUAAAGAGAAGAAGAAACAACUUAACAUUGUAGAUCCUAGACUUGGAGGAGAGUAUCCUACAAAAGGAGCACAAAAGGCAGCCAUGUUAGCUUACCAUUGCUUGAACCGCAACCCAAAGGCGAGGCCGCUUAUGCGUGAUAUAGUGGACUCGAUCGAGCCACUUCUAAUCGAUGAACAUGAACCCCAAGGUUUGGAUGGUCUAACCACCUUGACUUUCCAAGCCGAGGGUCCAAAGCUAACGACUUGACUAGAACUAUAUGUCGAGGUUUGUUGUAUAGCUCUGUUACGUGAAUUUUUCAUUUUACCCCAGAUACCUAUGUCGGAUCUUAGACACUCGUUGGUGGGUAUGGACACUUCGAUACUUCAUUUUGGAUCACUAUCAUGCAACUUUCGGUGCCCGUGUCCGAUAUGGGUAUCCGAGUCCGGUGACAUAGUUGUAUAGUAUGUCCAUAUACUUUUUUUUAAAAGAUGUUUGAAGGGUUACAACUUAGGUAAACCUUUUAAUUAGGGUUUUACCUAGUUUAUAAUGUAUUGGGAGGUGGGAUAGUCUGUUGAUAUGGGUACAUGUUUGAAAAGUUUCUAGUAUUAUUGAGCACAAUUCAUACCAUCGCAAUAGGAUUUCAAAGCUGAUCGUA